AUGUACAAGAGGUCUCCAUUUUUAAUUGCCAGGAAUGCUUUCAAUUGCAUGAAUCGAGAGUAUUCGUUACCAGCAGAUCCCCUAUCUCGUUUCAAAGAAAUAGGCAUGAAACAAAAGCAACCGCGGGUGUUAAUCACAGGAAGUCUUGGACAACUUGGUAGAGGUUUGAAUUCAGUAUACAAAUACAUGUAUGGAAAUGAUUGCGUAAUCAUGACAGAUAUAGUGAAAGUUCCCGAAAAUGCAAUUGAUGUUUCCAAUUACCAGUAUUUGAAUAUUCUCGAACAAUCAGCUAUUGAGGAAAUUAUUGUGAACAAAUCAAUAGACACUGUUGUUCAUUUCUCGGCGCUUCUAUCUGCGAUCGGAGAACAGAACGUGCCGUUGGCUCUGCAAGUCAACUGUCGUGGUGUUGAGAAUAUCUUACAAGUUACCAUGAAGCAUAAACUCAAAGUGUUCAUCCCAUCAACAAUUGGAGCAUUCGGACCCACAACGCCGCGGGAUGACACGCCAGAUCUAACUGUUCAGGUACCGACAACCAUCUAUGGAGUGAGCAAAGUUUACGCGGAAAGACUUGGUGAAUAUUAUAAUCAUCGGUUUGGCCUGGAUUUCCGCUGUCUGAGAUUCCCUGGAAUCAUAUCUGCCACAAAGCCAGGUGGAGGAACUACAGACUACGCGAUUCAAAUUUUCUUUGACGCAUUGGAAAAGGGCAAGCACACAUGCUACCUCCGUCCCGACACUCGACUUCCGAUGAUGUAUGACACGGAUUGCAUGGCAUCGGUGGUUCAAUUCUUGGCCGCCGACAGUCGUCAAUUGGCGCGACGAACCUACAACGUGACAGGGUUCUCGUUUACGCCUGAGGAAAUCGCCAACGAGAUUCGCAAAUUCAUUCCGAAAUUCGAAAUUGAUUACGACAUUUGCCCUAUUCGACAGGCCAUCGCGGAUUCAUGGCCACGAUCACUUGAUGAUUCUGGAGCAAAGAAAGAUUGGGGAUGGCGUCCGGAUUAUGGUUUGCAGGAAACAGUGCAGGUGAUGCUCAGUCUUCUGCAACGCGAAAUGGAAGAGAACCGUCAAGUAAUUUCCACAACCGCGUAA